AAUUAGCCCGUCUGGAUUGAACACAGAGCUAGAGGACAAGGUUGGUGAGCCUUCGCCACAGAAUUGUUGCUCUGCUGCGUCAAUUGGAUUUGCAGCAAUUAGGAUCUGCAGCUUCACCGUCUGUCUGCCCGCUUUUGGAGCUUUCCAUGGAGACCGAUAAUGGUGACACCAGGUCCAAGAUGGAAGACUAUGAAGUGAUUGAGCAAAUUGGCAGAGGGGCAUUCGGCUCCGCUUACCUUGUUCUCCAUAACUCUGAGAAUAAGAAGUAUGUGUUGAAGAAGAUUCGCUUGACCAAGCAAACCGAGAAAUUCAAGCGAACAGCGCACCAAGAGAUGAACCUGAUUGCAAAACUAAAUAACCCAUAUAUGUGGAGUACAAAGAUGCUUGGGUAGAGAAG